AUGUACCUUGCAACUUUUGAUAAACCAGGAGUCAAUAUCCUUGUCUCAGAGAAUGAAUACGAAGGCGUGACGCGCGCUGCCGGGGAUCUCGCUCUAGACUUUGGCCGUGUCCUCGGGACCAAUGGGACUGUACAAAACGAUACUUCUGCUACCAUUGCGGAUCAUUCUGCCGUCAUUAUAGCAGGCAGUAUUGGAAGUUCCAAUAUCAUUGAUGAACUUGUAGCAUCUGGUAAAAUCAAUGUCUCUGGGGUUCAAGGCAAGUGGGAAUCCUACAUUCAGCAAGUGGUCCUGGAGCCUGUAAGUGGCAUCAAGGAAGCGCUGGUCAUUGCUGGAAGCGACAAACGCGGCACCAUCUACGGCAUGUAUGCAAUUUCUGAGAAUAUCGGUGUCUCUCCCUGGUACUGGUGGGCCAAUGUACCAAGCAAAACAAGAAAAGGAGUCUGGGUGCGUCGUGAUCCAGGCAUCAUCCAGGGCCCACCGUCUGUCAGAUACCGUGGAGUCUUCAUCAACGACGAGGGAGAACUUAUUUCAUGGGCAAAGGGCAAGUUUGCACAAGCUGCCUCCGGUGGUUAUUUCACGGCAGACUUUUACGAGCCCAUUUUUGAACUUUUACUCCGCCUCAAAGCCAACUAUCUAUGGCCCGGAAUGAAACAGAAGGAAGCCUUUUACAAAGACGAUCCCGGCAAAGGCAAUGGCGUCAUUGCUGAUACUUAUGGAAUUGUCAUGGGAACAAGCCAUCAUGAGCCUUCCGCCAGAGCUUACUACGAACAAAAGGAUGGAGACCUUGUCGGAGCUUGGGACUGGAGCACCAAUGAGGCCAACGUGAGCCAGUUCAUGGACUAUGGCAUCAAUCGUGCCAAGGACUGGGAGACCAUCUUCACCAUGGGUAUGCGUGGAGAUGGCGACACUGUAUCGCCAACUCUGACCGCUCCUGAGCUUGAAGUGAUCAUUCAAAGACAGCAGGAAAUGAUUCAAAACCACACUGGGAGGUUGGAAGAGAUCCCGCAAGUCUGGACGUUGUACAAGGAGGUUGGAAAGUAUUGGCAAGCUGGUAUGAAUGUUUCUGAUCUGGUCACCUUAAUGUGGACCGACGACAAUUACGGCAACUUGCUUCGUGUACCUCUUGCAAAUGAGACGUCACGACGCGGCGGCCAUGGAAUCUAUUACCAUUUUGGCUAUGUUGGCAGUCCCAGAAGCUACAUCUGGAUGAAUACGAAUCAACUUGUAAAGGCAUGGGAGCAAUUGCACUAUGCUUUUGAGCGAGAAGUUCGGCAAAUAUGGAUUGCCAACGUGCAGGAUCUCAAACCAUAUGAGGUUCCCAUGAACUUUUUUCUCGACAUGGCCUACGACAUGUCAUCUUUUACCAGCCCGAACUCGACAGCCGAAUGGUAUGAGCGCUGGGCAGCCCGUGAAUUCGGUAGCGGUGCUGCCAAGACCACGGCACAAGUCUACACUUCAUUUGGACGUUUGGCCUACAGACGGAAGUGGGAAAUGCUCUCAUUGAGUCCCUUUCCAUUCAGCACAACAAAAUAUGACGAGGCUUUUGGUAUUUUACAAGAAUGGGAUGAUCUGGCAGAACUGGCCCAAAGCGCCCAUGAUUCUCUGCCUGCCUCGAACAAAGUUGUUUACCUGGAACUCGUCCUGACUCCAGUGUUGGCUGGGAGGGCCUUUACUCGGUUCUUUACUUACCAGGCAUUAGCACAACUCUAUCAAAUGCAAAGCCGCACCAGCACCAAUAACAUGGCCGCUAUGGCAGUAGACGCCUUUGAUACCGAUACUGCAGUUCGCGACACUUACGACGCCUUAUGGGACGGAAAGUUUGCCGGGUUUAUGAGUGCACCCCAUUAUGUGUACCCACCCCAGGAGUAUCCCCCAAGAGGCGACAAUAUGCCAUCCCUGACUUAUAUCAACGAUACAAGCACUGUUGGAAAUGAUUCUUAUUUUCUAGGACUUGCCGUCCAGGGCACAAGCAGUGCUGCAUCUUUUGGAGACACUGUUUGGCUGCGCUCUGUGGAUCCAUAUAUGCCCCCAUCUGAACAACGGUGGCUGGACGUGUAUACACGAAUCAAUGGCACUUUUACCUACCACUUGAAGUCGAAUGUUUCUUAUGUUGGUGUCUCAAACUCUAGUGGGGAACUCAAAGCUCCGGGGAAUCUAUCAGACAUCCGUAGUAUUCUUACUAUCGACUGGGAAGAAGCACCACCAGGUUUGAGUUGGGCCGCCAUUGAAGUAACUGGGAAUGAGACAAAGCCACUGCCGUCUGUCAUUACGGCCAUUUUGCCUAUCAACAAGACCACGAUCCCUUCAUCGUUCAAUGGUUUCGUCGAAUCCAAUGGAGUUGUCUCUAUUGAGGCAGCAGGUUUCACGUCGGCGGAAUCCAAGAAUGACGUGAGUUAUCUGGAGAUACCUGAUUACGGACGGACUGCAUCCGGCGUCAAACUCUGGCCAGUUACUGCCGCAUCACAAGAGCCGCUGACCGGACCCAAGCUCACCUACACGAUAUACACCUUCACCAACACGACCAAAGCAAGACUGUCAUUUGUUUUUGGCGCAACUCUCAAUCUAGACCCGCUGCGGCCUUUGAAAUUUGCCUAUGCGCUGGACUCUGAUUCCGCCGUGACGAAACAAAUUAUUGGAAACUAUAGUGGUGGCUCUACUCCAACGGGAUGGUCUUCCGCUGUCAUAGCAAAUUCGUAUUCGGCAACGGAAGAUAUUGCUUUGUUGGCAGGGGAGCAUACAUUGAGUCUUUGGUUGUUAGAACCUGGCGUGCUGGUCCAGAAGAUUUGGUUUGAUUUGGGUGGGAAGCUUGCAAGUUAUUUGGGUCCUCCGGCCAGUUUUAGAGCCGCUUGA